CAAUGAAUGCGUCCGCAUGUCUCACUCAUUCAGUGAAUCGAAUUCUCUUCUAACAGAUCGGGCUUGACAGCAGUGAGCACCCAAAUCAAGAGUGCCUCUCCAGGGCUGGAGCACUGAUCAGAGUCCCUGAUUCCCUGAGGAAGCUGCAGCAACUGAGGACUGAAGGAUGUGGAGGAAAGGGGAGGAGGAACACCAGUUAACAGAUUAAAACUCUCUCUCUCUCUCUCUCAUUCCCUUCGACUGAGGAGAGACAACUCUAGGCACUGCAUGCAGUAAUAUCAUUGUUUCUGUGUAAUUCGCUCCUCUCAAUUACUUUUUCUUCCUCCCCUUUUUUAAACUGCUGCUCUGGAGGAAAAAAACAAGCAAGAUAUAGGAGGAUUUGUGCAUCUCUUUCGUGCUUCUCUCUGUCUUUCUUUAUUUCUCUCUCUCUCUGUCUGCCCCUAUUUCUUUAAAUGUAAAGUGGAAGGUGAGAUUAGGGGGGAGUGAUUUAGGGAGCAAGGAUAAACGUUGUGGGCAGCUGGAGAGAUGGGCAAAUCCAACAGCAAACUAAAGCCUGAGGUUGUGGAAGAGCUAUGCAGAAAGACCUACUUUACAGAGAAAGAAGUUCAGCAGUGGUAUAAGGGUUUUAUUAAAGACUGCCCCAGUGGUCAGUUGGAUGCAGCUGGUUUUCAGAAGAUCUACAAGCAAUUCUUCCCCUUUGGUGAUCCCACCAAGUUUGCCACCUUUGUCUUCAAUGUCUUUGACGAGAACAAGGAUGGACGCAUCGAGUUCUCAGAGUUCAUUCAAGCACUGUCUGUCACAUCCAGAGGAACACUGGAUGAGAAACUCAGAUGGGCCUUUAAACUUUACGAUCUUGAUAAUGAUGGCUACAUAACCCGAGAUGAGAUGCUGAACAUUGUGGAUGCCAUUUACCAGAUGGUGGGGAACACAGUAGAGUUACCUGAGGAGGAAAACACACCAGAGAAAAGAGUUGACCGCAUCUUUGCUAUGAUGGAUAAGAAUGCGGAUGGGAUGUUGACCCUGCAGGAGUUUCAGGAGGGCUCCAAGGCGGACCCAUCUAUUGUACAGGCACUCUCCCUAUAUGAUGGCCUGGUGUAGGCCCAUCUCAAAGUGCCAUUUAAUAAUCACUACAACCCAUUUAUGUCAUUCUGCAAGCACCGUGAGAGGAAAGCUGACCUGUCACAAAGAAUCCUGCAAUCUUGUGGACUUGCCACCACAGAGGUGCAUUGUGGGUGCUAUUCUGAGAUGGAAGUCAGCUGUCAAUCACUCAUCUCCACUGUCACUGGAAAACAAAAAUUAGAUCAAGACAAUGUAAACUCUUGUGAAUCUCAUUUGAAAUAAGUAAUGUAAAGACCCUAAUGAGGUCUGAUGUCUGAUAGGUUCAGUGCUCUUUUUGGAAAAGAAAAAGAGACACUCAUAAAGAAAAAUUUGAUGGCAUAAAACAGUAUUAUUCAAUGUAGAAAUUAAAUAUUCUAAACAUCAGUGAACUUAAGUUCGUUAUAAUGCUGUGGUCUUUGUCAGAAGUGACAGGAUUGACCAAGCUGGAUUUUGGUCUAGCUUUCACUACAAGGUGAACAAAGAGGAAGUGCUGUACCAUUCUUUGGCAAUUCAGAAAGCACAGGCAUUGAAUUACAUGAUACUGUAUCUGGUUUCAGAUUUAUAAUACCCUUCUAUGUAAAUCGAAAAACUUCAACAGUCAAACAAAAAUCAAGAUCAUCAAUGCCUAUAACACUUUAUACUUGAGAAUGGAUAGUUAUAGGCUUACAGUCAUGUCCUUCAAAUGAGCAGAUGAAGUUGUAUUAUUUUGAGAUUGUAUCCAUUGACAUGCCCUUGUUUGCUUGAUCCUUUCUAGCAGAAGUGUUACUGCACAACAUGUAGUGAUGUAGAAUUCAACUUUUCUACAGUAUUGUGUAUAACCAUGCUGUUGUAAUGGUGUGGGCCUAUGUAUAAUGCAUUCAAUACUGGUAAACCUGUGCUCUUCUUAGGCAGGUAUUAUAUUUGGCUUGUUGGAAUGAAUGAGAUUUACUUUAUAACAGUAGCACAGUAUGCACCGUGCACCAGCACUGUUCGUGUGCACACUCGUCAAUGUUUCAUACAGUGCUGGUAUGUUUAGAUUGCUGGUAAUGUUGACAGGGCAUGGGUUAAUGAACAAACUGUGUGUAAUUAAAAAUCCUUAAUCUAAAAAUCUAGUUCAGUGUUUUAUCAUCUGAUUGAACUAAGGAAUCUACAUUUUCAGUUGGCCAUAACAACAUGACAUUUUCUAAGUGAUAUUUGCAUACUCUUUUGUGUGUUUUUGUCAAACAACUCAUUUUCCACUCAAUCAAAUGUCAAUAUUAUUGUUCAAUAAAAAGGCUCCUGCAUAUUUAUUUUUUUUACCAUAAAAAAGUCCCACAUUAACUUACAAAAUGUAUAUCAGGGUAAGUUUCUUGCUGGUAUGGUGUAGGCUACAAGGCUACACUACUAAGAAUCAUGGUAUG